CUACUAAAUUGUUUCUUAAGUAAAAAUUUUGCCUUCAACUUUAAGCAUUUCUAAUGCGAUUCGGGUCUUAUUAGAAAUUUUGGACCAAGGGGCAAAUAUCACAAAAAACGAGCUAAAUACUAUCAAAAAUCAAUUGAAGAUAUCAAAGACCUGAGAUCAAUUGAACUUCAAAUCAAACCCACUCUUAGAUUCAUUAAGCGAAGUAUGAUAAUAUAACUAACUACUAACUACAUUAGACAUCGCCGUAAGUUCUUACCUUAUAAAAAUUCUAAAGUUUAAAUAAUGGAUCGUCAGGCACCUAUUGAUAUGAAUGCGGAAGAUCGUAGGAAUUUACUUAGACAAAGAAUCAUUGAACUUGUUCUUCAUGAAGUUGAGGAAUCAAGACGCGAGCGUUUAGCACAACUUAUGUACCAAAGAGGUGUUCCAAGAGAGGGUUUUGGACGGUACGCCAAUCCAGGAUUGCGAAGACGCACAGUAGCAACUAGGCCAGCAACUCAAAACGUGCAUAUGCGUCAAACUCGUGGGAUAUUUGCGAUAGCAAGUAUGGGAGCGAUGCUUCUAUAUAAUAGCAACAUACUUGGGCUUUGUGGUAGUUGUAUUUCACAGCUCGGAGAUGACCUAUUGAACUUUGUUUGUAAUGAUGUGGUUGAUGGCUUUAAUGUGACAAAAAAUCUUUUCAAUACUGUUAUUCAGUCAUUAUUUUCUAGAAUUUUUUGAAAUUUUAUUUUUAUAUCAAAACUAUCUUAUGGAUUGUGGAUUGAAGUCAAAAUCUUAUAAUUGUAUGAAAAUUCUAUGGAGUAAUUUUUAUUAUUAUAUAUUGUAAUACUAAUACUAACAAUAAUCUAAUCUCGUAAUAUAUUUACUAAUGUAUAUUACUUAACGAGAAUAAAAAAUUGUAUGAUAAUUAAUCAUCACAAAAUCGAA